AUGAGGCCUGGGAACCAAAGCCAGAGCUGCUCCUUCGAAAAAGUCGACGGCCUGAUGAAGACGGUGGAGCUGGGCGUCCACAUCCCCACUUUCCUCCUGGGUCUCGGCCUCAACGUGCUGGCCAUCCGCCGCUUCGCCUCCUUCCUGAGAAGGCGGCAGGAGGAGUACAGGGCCACGUCCAUCUACAUGAUCAAUCUGGCGGCCUUCGACCUGCUGCUCGUGCUCUCUCUUCCUCUCAAGGUGGCGCUGGCCCGCGCCUCCUCCUUCUGCACCGUGGGCGAGUGCCUCUACUUCGUCAGCAUGUACGGAAGCAUCCUGACCAUCACGUUCAUCAGCUUCGACCGCUACGUGUCCAUCAGGUACCCGCUGGAGGUCAAGUACCUCCGAUCCCCCAGGAACAUCUCCAUCGUGUGCUGCACCAUCUGGGCGCUGGUGUGGGCGGCCAGCAUCCCCAUCUACACCUUCCACGAGGAAGCGGCCAACUCCACGUGCUUCCACAACAUAUCGAGCGGCGCCUGGAGCGCCUCCGCCGUCAUCCCUCUGCAGGUCUUCGGAUUCUUCCUUCCCACGGCCACAGUCUGCUUCUGCUCCUUCAGCAGCAUCCACGUUCUCCUGGGCAAGGCGGACCAGAGGAAGACUCUGGUCAGGAAGAGGGCGGACGUCAUCCGCUCCAUUGCCGCCAGCCUGGCCGUCUUUGUGGUCUCCUUCCUGCCCGUCCACCUCUGCAUCUUCCUGCAGUUCCUGGUGAGGAACGACUUCAUCCAAGACUGCCCUACGAAGCAGAGCAUCAGCUUCUCCCUGCAGCUGGCCUUCUGCCUCUCCAACAUCAACUGCUGCUUGGAUGUCUUUUGCUACUACUUUGUCAACAAGGAAGUCAGGGCAGGCAUUCUGAGCCACCACCGGCCCUCCCGCGUUCAGCUCUUCCGACAAGAGAGCGUGGCCGUGAGCACUGAGGACACGGAGGGGAAGCUCUAA